AUGUCUUUCUCAAAUUUUGAGCGCCUGACACCGCUAGACCUGAUCAUGCCAAAGGUCUACAUCGCAACGAUUUUGACAUUCGAGACAACAGAAUCGUCUCUAACCCUCCAAAGUGCCUUCCAAAAAGGCCUGGAAAAACUCGCAACCCAGAUCCCAUGGGUAUCAGGCCGAGUGUUUCCAACAAACCAGAAAAACAAGGCUUCCCUUGAAAUGCGUUGGAAUCAAAACACCACACCCGCCUUGAUCGACAAAGGCAUCCUCGAUAGAUCAUACAAAGAGCUAUCAGCCAACGGCAUGCCUCCCUCAUCUAUCCCGCGAAACCUCCGCCCAGUUUCAGAUAUGGUCGAGCACAACCCAAUAGAACAAGGCGCCCCCGUUUUCGCCGCGAGCAUCUUCCGAUUCGGAGACGGAGAGGGAAUCGGUCUAUACAUCUGUAUGCAUCACAAUGUCGUUGAUGCAGCUGGCCUCUUUGAGACCGUGAAGCUAUGGGCACAGAAUACCACACAAACUGCAGCCUCUUCUUCAUUCUGUGACCAGUCCCUCAGUUCCCUGGGUAGAGUGACUCGACUCUCAGAAGCGCUCUCCUCCGAUUUACAUUCAGUAUCGACUCAUUCACUCGAUGAUCUCUUCGCUUCGCAUCCGGAAUACUCUAGAGCACCACUGACACUCCCGUCUGAAUUUCCCUCGUGCACAACGAAAGUCUUCGCCAUCCCCAUGCUGCAUAUCGAUAUUAUCAAACACCGUCUUGGAAAUUAUAUGUCAACGACUCCAACGACGAAUACGCUAGUCUGUGCACUUGUCUGGUCUGCAAUUACAAAUGCACGCAUGCAGCGUGAUCCAGCACUCGAAUUGAAGUACAGUCGCUUGGUUACAGCAGUUAACGGGCGACGCCGUCUCGGAGCGAACAAAAAAUUCCCAGCAGAGAACCCAUACUUUGGUAAUAUGGUUCUAUACGCUCUGGCAAUCAUUCAGGGCAAGGAUUUGAGUGUGUUUAAUAAUCCAGGCUCAACUUCAUUCAAAUCACUUGCCGAAUUGUGUGAAGUGAUUGCUGAAUCACAGUCGCCUGCUCGUGUCAAUUCCAGAUAUGUGGCCGAAGUCCAUCAGCUUGUUGAGUCGGUAGAUGAUUACAGAUCCGUUUUUGUUGGCUGGGAUCUCUUCGAAUCGAAGGAUUUGACUAUGACCAGCUGGGCGGAUCUUAAUUUCUAUGGAUUGGAAUUUGGAUUGGGACUUGGAACACCAGAGUUUGUGCGUGUUCCUUAUACUGAGGCUGACGGGGUUGGGCUUGUUUUGCCUAGGCGGGCAUGUCAGAUGGAUGACAUUGGGGGUGGAGAGGUUGUGGAGGUUAUGGUUAUGCUGCGUCGGGAUGAUAUGGUUAUUUUGGAGGAGGGUGGGUUGUGUGGUUCUUUCUUGUAG